GAUCUUAAUUCACUAAUCAUUAUCCUUUAUUUUUACAAAUUUGACUAUCAUUGCAAACACAAAGAAUUUCCAGCAAGCACCAAUCAAAUAAUUAAUUAAUUAGCAUGAAUUAAAACAUAAUGAUUAUUGAUUUAUUAGGUACCAUGGAACCCCUCUAAGCAAGUGAAUAUGGUCGGUGCGUAGUGAAAUGAUGAAUAAAGAAGUUUUGUGAAAAAGUGAACCUUUAGACUGUAUUGUUUAUGUUUUGUUAAGAGCCACAAACUUUACACAAUAGUGACAUCUAUUUAAUAAUCCAUAUUAUGUACUUGGAAUGGUUCUUCAGAGUAUAAUAAGGGGGGUGUCUAUAUAUAGUGUCAAUAACCACCUCAAUUUCAUCACUUGCAAAUUUCAAUAUAUGUUUCAAAUGAAGAAGAAUUAUAGGCACACUUGCUUUAUAUUUCUUCUACUUAUUUUUGCCACCACAAUAUCAGUUGAUGCAAGGAAACACUACCAUACCAAAAAGAGCAAAAUACACCACAAACAUAAGAAAAAUAAUGGAGGUGCACCAAAUUGUUCAAGCUCUCCAUUUCCAUCUCAUGGUUUUUACCCAACAAAUGGAUCUCCCAUUUUUAAUAUCUUGUCCUUUGGAGCCAAAGGUGAUGGAGUUUCUGAUGAUACCAAGGCACUUGAAACAGCAUGGGAAGCAGCUUGCAAAGUCCAAGGGGCUACUCUAGAGAUUCCUUCAGAAUUUCAAUUCUUAAUCAAUCCCAUUACACUUCAAGGACCAUGCAUGCCAAACUUUGUUUUUCAGAUAGACGGAAUUAUUUUGGGUCCUCCAAAAGUAGGAUCCUGGCCUAAAUCCAGCUUGUUUCAGUGGUUGAAUUUGAAGUGGAUGCACAACUUUACCAUCCAAGGUACUGGCACCCUUGAUGGCCAAGGCUAUAACUGGUGGAAACUUUCUCAAAUUGACUUUUUUCAGGUGAUGAAGAAAUCUAAAAACAUUCCUGAUAUGAAACCAACUGUUUUACGAUUUUAUGGUAGCUAUAAUGUGACAAUACGUGAUGUCAAAAUUAUAAACAGUCCUCAAUGUCACCUUAAAUUUGACAAUUCUAAAGGGGUGAAAAUCAACAAUGUUACAAUUUCUGCCCCAGAAAGUAGCCCAAACACGGAUGGAAUUCACCUCCAAAACACACAAGAUGUUGAGAUCCAUCACUCAAAUAUUGGAACAGGAGAUGACUGCAUAUCAAUUCAAACUGGUUGCUCCAAUAUACAUGUCCAUCACAUGAAUUGUGGUCCUGGACAUGGCAUAAGCCUAGGAGGACUAGGAAAAGAUAAAAGUAUUGCGUGCGUUUCAGACAUCAUUGUUGACAAUGUGAACUUGCAAAGCACUAUGUAUGGUGCAAGGAUUAAGACAUGGCAGGGUGGUGUUGGAUCAGUUAAGAACAUAUCAUUUACAAACAUUCAAGUAUCAAAUGUUAAGGUACCAAUCAUGAUAGACCAAUAUUAUUGUGACAAACAUGUGUGCAAGAAUCAAACAGGAGCAGUAGCAAUAUCCAACGUACAAUUCAAUCAAAUCAUUGGAACUUAUUCAACCAAACCAAUUCAUCUAGCUUGCAGUAAUUCAAUUCCAUGUACAGACGUUGAUUUAAUUGAUAUUCAAUUAAAACCAUCGACGAAUUAUCGAGGAAUUAAUCAACUUGCUGGAUUGUGUUGGAAUUCUUACGGAAAAUCACAAGCACCACUUCUUCCUUCGAGUAUGGAUUAUUGUGUUAGAAGGGGAAGUGGAUUUGUUAGAGGAAUUUCAAGAUCUCAUGAACAUGUUUGUUUGUGAAUUUCUUUUUAUAUAUAAUUUCUAGGUACUAUUGUAAUUAAUUUGUUUUUAAAUUUUCUAUGGUUCGUUUCGUCCUUCCCCUUAUGUUUUUAAUGGUGGAAGACACAAGUUUCUAGCUAGUUUAGAACUAAAUAUGAAGUUUUCUUUCCUUCUUUUUUAGAUGAAUUUUAUAUUCACCAUUCUCCUUGUUUUUGGCUCUCAUUAAUUUCUUUUUUUUUCUUUUAUAAUUAUCUGGCUUUUUACCUUGUUUUGUUUCACCCUUUAGAACAUCCAUCUCAUUUUCUUUUACUUUUCACCUAACAUUUGUGACUUCAAAUCUAAACUUAAUAAAAAGGACAAAAGAGUCAUAAAUAAUACUUCUAUUAGCUUAUACUUUCAUCACUUUUAUUCGAUCAUUACCAUUUUAGAUU